AUGGCGUCCCUCUUCCACCCGCACGUCUUCUCCUUCUUCAUCUUCUUCUUCUCCUUUGUCCUGCUGGGUCUCGCCGGAGCGGCGGCAGCGCUCGACAGGGUGCCGGAGAAGAACCGAUUCAGGUUCGUCAACCAGGGGGAGUUCGUCGACGCUCCCGCCGAGUACGGCGCUGACUACCGUGCCGUUGGCGUCGUCGGGUCGCCCUUCCAGCUGACCUUCUACAACACGACCCCCAAUGCCUACAGGCUCGCCAUCCGCAUGGGCACCCCACGGUCCGAGUCUGUCCGGCGGUGGGUGUGGGAGGCCAACCGGAGCCGCCCCGUUCGCGAGAAUGCCACCGUCUCCUUAGGCGCCGACGGCAACCUCGUCCUCGCCGACGCUGACGGCGCCGUCGUCUGGUCAACGGGCACCGCCAACAAGGGCGUCGUCGGCAUUCAGAUCCUCCACAGCGGCAACAUGGUGCUCUACGACAAGAAGGGGAGGUAUCUCUGGCAGAGCUUCGACCACCCCACGGAUACCCUCCUCGUGGGGCAGUCCCUCCCCGCCGCCGGCGCCGCCAAGCUGGUGAGCCGCAAAUCGGAAUCCGACGGAUCCCCGGGGAUCUACAGCUUGGUCGUCGAGUCCGGCCAGCCCGUCCUCUUCCUCGAGGCCUCUCCUUCAAGGUCUCUCCCCUACUUUAACCUGUCCAGAUACCACGGCGCUUCCACUGAUCCCGCCAUCUUCGAAUGCUCCCCACGGGGCGCCAACAUCUCCUACGUGCUCUCCUUUGGAUCCCUCUCUGUGCAGACCAAGUACGACAGCAGCUUGUCGUUCCUCCGGCUGACGCCGGAAGGCGACGUCGAGUUCUACACCUACGACGACCGGGUCUACUACAGAGCAUGGCAGAAGACGUUCGCCCUCUUCGACGAGGAGCUGUCCGGUUUCAGCGCCUGCGAGAGGCCCAGCAGGUGCGGGAAGCUCGGCGUCUGCGAGGGGAAGAUGUGCACGGCGUGUCCGGCGGCGAAGGGGACGGGGGCGUGGUCGCCGGCCUGCGCGCCGCCGCGGCGCAGGAGGGCCUGCCGGCCGGGGGCGAGUUCCAGCUACAUCAAGGUCGCCGGAGUGGAGCACUUCCUCACCAGGAACUCGGAAGGGGAGGGGAAGAUGACCAUGGGGGAGUGCCGGCGGCGCUGCAACGUUGACUGCGACUGCUUAGGGUUCUUGUACUGGGAGGAGAGCUCCCAGUGCUGGCUGGCUCCAGUGCUGGGCACCCUCAACAAAGUCAACGACCCCAAGCACGCCGCCUACAUCAAGUCCUCUUAG